GGGAUGAAAUCGGACACAAAACUAAUUGACUGAUUGACUUAAAUAUUAGAAACAAAACGCCUAAGAAAAUUAAAACAUUAAAACCACGUGGCUUCUUUGUGCGCACGCUAGACACGCGUGCAUGAGGGAACACAAUGACAUCACUCCACCUGGAUUGGAGUAAAUAGAGAAGUUCACUGACCUGCACACGAGGAGCAUGAGCUCACGUGAUUGGCGGCUGCUUCUCACCACUUGUACUCAAUUACCAAUUACCAACUUCAAACCUUUGUUACGCGCCAAGCGCCUCGUAUCUCCUGUCCUUUGCAUCGUUAUUACAAGGUCAACAACUCCAUCCUCUAACUAAAGGGAGUCUGGCAGAUAGGAGGAAAACAUUUGGCAGAUAAGGUGUUUGAAUAAAGGCAUGGUUUCGGGGCUCUUUGAUCACCUGCCGCGCUUCAUGGAGUCGGAUAAAAGUUUCCAGCCCUGGAGAGACUACAUAGGACUGUCGGACACAAUCAGAGAGAUUUUGGGCCGGCACACGGACACUGAGUCCUCACUGCCAGCCCCCAAAGCUCCGCACCAAGAAUCUGAUGACCUGUACGGGGCACCGAUGUCCGUGCGCAAUAACGCGGUGUGCCAAAGCGGCGACCUCGGGGCAGGCUGUGCGCCAGAUCUCUCCGGUACGGCAACGCUGGCCUCAGUGGCUCAUCAGCGUCCACCUGAUGGUUUGUGGUACGCAACAGACCCCUUCCGUGCUGAUCCACCAGACGCGGUGGAUAUGAAGCCAGUGCCAAGACGUGAACCAAAAGACCGCAAGAAGAGCACUCGUUUCAAGACACCGGAACCGGCCUUGUCACCCGCGUCACCUGAGCCCACGUUCUGCAGUUUCUGCAAACACAACGGGGAGUCCGACUUGGUGUGUCGAUCCCACCGGCUGAAGAACCAGGCCGGGGAUGUUCUGUGUCCCUAUCUGCGGCAGUAUGUGUGUCCUCUGUGCGGAGCCACGGGGGCCAAAGCUCACACCAAACGCUUCUGUCCGAAGGUGGACAGCGCGUACAGCUCCGUGUACGCCAAGUCCAGACGCUGAACCAGCAGGAGGCAG